GUAGGCUGGGGCUAGGCAGGGCGGCCGCGGACCGAAGGAGCGCUGGGCCGCGGGGCGAGCACCAAACCGCAGAGGAGGGCGUGGGCAGGGAGCGCCUUCGGGAAGGAUCGAGGAUGGCAUGUUGACUCCCCAAGGAUGUGGGCAGGGUGCUAGGAUCUCUGACCUCAUGAGAGCAGAAGGUCUGGACCCUAGCUCAGAGUCUGCAGACCCUGGAGUCUCCCACACACCGCUCACUGGCAAGCUUCACCAUGGCAGCCCAGAAUGGAAAUGCUAGUUUUCCAACCAACUUCAGUAUACCCCAAGAACAUGCCUCCUCCCUCCCCUUCAACUUCAGUUAUGGUGAUUAUGACCUCCCUCUGGAUGAGGAUGAGGAUAUGACCAAGACUCAGACCUUCUUUGCAGCCAAGAUCGUUAUCGGGGUGGCACUUGUGGGUAUCAUGCUGACUUGUGGUAUUGGCAACUUUGUCUUUAUCACUGCCCUCACCCGCUAUAAAAAGCUGCGCAACCUCACCAACCUGCUUAUUGCUAACCUGGCCAUCUCCGACUUCCUGGUAGCCAUCAUCUGCUGCCCCUUUGAGAUGGACUACUACGUGGUGCACCAGCUCUCCUGGGAGCAUGGCCAUGUGCUCUGUGCCUCUAUCAACUACCUGCGCACCGUCUCGCUCUACGUCUCCACCAACGCCCUGCUGGCCAUUGCUAUUGACAGAUAUCUCGCUAUCGUUCACCCCUUGAAACCACGAAUGAAUUAUCAAACAGCCUCCUUCCUGAUCGCUUUGGUCUGGAUGGUAUCCAUUCUCAUCUCCAUCCCAUCAGCCUACUUCACAAAGGAAACCGUCCUCUUCAUUGUCAAAAACCAGAAAAAGAUCUUCUGCGGCCAGGUCUGGCCAGUGGACCAGCAGCUCUACUAUAAAUCCUACUUCCUCUUUGUCUUUGGCAUCGAAUUCCUGGGCCCCGUGGUCACCAUGACCCUGUGCUAUGCCAGGAUCUCCCAGGAGCUCUGGUUCAAAGCGGUCCCGGGUUUCCAGACUGAGCAGAUCCGGAAGCGGCUGCGCUGCCGCCGGAAGACGGUACUGGUACUCAUGUGUAUCCUCACGGCCUAUGUUCUGUGCUGGGCGCCCUUCUAUGGCUUCACAAUCGUGCGCGACUUCUUCCCCACUGUGUUCGUGAAGGAAAAGCAUUACCUCACAGCCUUUUACGUUGUGGAGUGCAUCGCCAUGAGCAACAGCAUGAUCAACACCGUGUGCUUCGUGACAGUGAAGAACACCACCAUGAAGUACUUCAAGAAAAUGCUGCUGCUCCACCGGCGGCCCUCCCACCGUGGGAGUAAGUCCAGUGCUGACCUCGACCUCAAAACCAGCCGCCUGCCGGCCACGGAGGAGGUGGAUUGUAUCAGGCUGAAGUGACCCACUGGUAUUUCACAAUUGAAAACCCAAAAGCCAGUACUUGGAGCAGUUUAUCAAUAACCAAGUUCACGGGCUGCAUGGGGAAAGGGCAACUGUUUUUACACUUCGCUGCUCUCAAGGAUCUGGAUGCUUCGGAAAUCAUAAAAUGCAGUGCGGCUUGACACAAACCACAGCAGCUAACAGUUACUGAUACCUGCUCAACGUACUGUGCACAACGACACCAGCGAGAUUAAAGAGCAACAGGAGCCGACAUUGACUGAUUACCUGCUAUGUGUAAAAAUAUUUAAAUAGCAAAAUGAAUUGGCAGAAGUCAUUGGAGUCAUUGAGUUAUAUCCAGAUAUUUAGGUGUCAGAGGCCGCAGUUGGUCUUCUAGAUUCAUACUUCAUCUUACCUCAUUCUGUAUCCAGUCAGUGCAGGAAAGUCAAAAGCCAACAGAAUAUAGAACAAUGGAGAUAAAAGCAUGAGUUACAGUGUGGGGUUUACAGCCUCAUGGGGAGACAGUUCACGCCAUCCCAAUGAGCUUUUUCACUCAGAUCUUAUGAUUUCCUUAGAACAUUCUCUUGGAUUCUGGUUGCCAGAAAAGAAUUUUUCUCAUAAUCAGGUCAUUAGUUAUCUAUAAUGGUGUCCUUUCAAAGAAAAGAACCAAAAAAUUUCUUUUCCUCUGAUCCUUGAAAGCUCAUCAUUCUUUUGGGUGAAGACAGACAAUCCUGAAAUGAGGAACACAUCCAGUUCCUGACACCUUAAAGUAAGUGAUUCAGAAACUCCAGUAUCAAGGAGAAAGGGGUGCAGUUUGCCACUGGCAAUGAACGUAAUCUGUGUGGCCAUUUUGCUAAGGCCUGAGCCAUUUUUCUAGAACACACUCUCUCUUUCAAAGAUGAGCUGUACUUGGAAUUCAAAGACCUGGGUUCAAGUUUUAAAUCAUGUGACCUAGAUGUUUAUUCUCUCUGCAUCUCAGUUUUGUUCAAUAAAACAAGACUACCUUACAAGACUGUUGGGAGAGACCACUGAAGUCAUAGUUUAUGAAAGUGAUUUUCAGCUAUACAAGUGACGAGAAUGGAUAACUGACAUUGAGCAGUUUGUUUGGACCCCAUCCACUGUGGCUUAUUAUGGAGAAAUACUCCCACUUUUUCAUCCUUAUUCUAUGAACCAGUGAGCCCUAAACUCUUUGCAGAUCUCUGAACUCUACAUCAGGAGAAAAAAAAAAUCCUUGUCCUGGGUUAUAAUCAGGAAGAUUCAACCUCAGAGUCUCGGUAACCCCCUCCCCUGACUUUCAGUAUCCCUGUGAUCAUAAAAGUGUUUUGACAAUCUUCCCUGCACGUUGCCAAACAACAUACCCCAGAGUUGCCUAAAUCUGUUUGUAUUAUCACAUAUCUGUGGUAAUUGUGUAUAUUUGUCCUCAUUUCUUCUGGAUUCAUUUUGAAGCAGAGACUAUACAAAUGGGAACUGAUUUGGGAUUGACUCAAAUGACCCACAUUUGGACAAUUCCCACAUUUCUGUAGUUAAAGUGUUGUUUAAUUGUUUGCUUAUGUGUGUAUGUGCAUUUAAUUAGUCGUUGGUGUUUUAUCCAACAGUGUUGUUUCAACCAACAUUUUCCUCUAUCACCACACAGCAGACUCACUUUCAGCCCAAUUAUUGUACCCUCAGAAAAUGUAAACUCACUUUAACAUUAGGCUAGCCAAACUGUUUAUAUUUUAAAAACUACAUGAUUUAUUCUAAAGCCAAGCAAGUAAAUAUUUGGGGUUAUCUACAUUUUCACAAAUGUAAUAACUGCAUUUUUAUUUAUUACUCCUAUCCUGACUCUUCUCCUAAUAAUAUGAUUCUUUAACAAUAGGCUGUUAACAAUUGUAUCUGUCAAAAGAAUUCAGCCCCCUUUUUCCUUUUUAUAUUAAAACAUACUAACCUCUCUUCAUUUCAAUUUAAUGGAAACAACUUUUGUAAAUAUCAGUGUGAUUUGUGAGUUUCCAGUGAAUAAAAGUGUUACAUUGUUAUCAGAUGAAAUAAUUAUCAUAUGGAAUCUUAACCACACUAUUAAAGCAUUUUCUCUGCUAAUCUUCUAUGUGUUAGUAUAUUUAGAUAUCAGUGAAGUAAUAGCCAUUUAAACAGUUAAACCUUGAAACAGAGAAGGAAGUUCUUAAAAGCAUUUUUAGAACAAUAGUAGCUCACACCAGCAACCAGUCUCAUCUUGGUCACAUCUCUCAAGCUGGCAGCCCAGGAGAGUACUCAUGCAUGCAAAUCAGUCAUAGAACCACUAUUCCAUGUUCACAUUCACACUCACGCUCCCCCUUCAUUUCAUUCUUUAAAAAUAAAAAAAUUUUAAAAAACAUUCAUUUUAAAAUCAUCUUGUUUGUUUAAUGAAUAAUGCUGUUUACAUG